AAUAGGGGUAAAUUUUGAUGAAUGCAAGAAUAUACCUAUAUUUUAAAACACUUUUUUUGUUUAAAAAAACAAAAAAAAAUAUAUGCACAUAUGAAGGAACAUUGGAGGACAUUCAUUGUAGAAGACGACUUCAAGUUCAUAUCAAGCAAUGGAUUGAAUGCGGUAAGAAUUCCGGUAGGAUGGUGGAUUGCAAGCGACCCAAACCCUCCAAAGCCCUUUGUUGAUGGAUCCUUAAAGGCCUUAGACAAUGCCUUCUCGUGGGCCUCGAAAUAUGGGGUAAAAGUUAUAGUCGAUCUUCAUGCAGCUCCAGGAUCACAAAAUGGUUGGGAACAUAGCUCUUCUAGAGAUGGAUCCCAAGAGUGGGGAAAAACAAAGGAAAAUAUUCGUCAAACAGUAGCAGUUAUCGAUUUCUUAACUGCAAGGUAUGCCGAAAACCCGAGCCUUUAUGCGGUUGAACUCAUCAACGAGCCUCUUGCUCCGGGGGUCCAACUCGAAACCCUCACCGAAUAUUACAAAGCCGGUUACGAAGUGGUCCGGAAAUACUCUACAACGGCCCAUGUUAUUAUGUCAAACCGGUUGGGGCCCAUGAACCCGACGGAGCUCUUCGGGGCCAUCAUGGGCUUGAAGAGAACCGUCAUCGAUGUCCAUUAUUACCAACUCUUCAGCGAUAUGUUCGACAACAUGACGGCCCAACAAACUAUAGAUUAUGUAUCCAACAACCGGUCUGUGGAUUUGGGCCUGGUCACGCCAUCAAAUAAUGGGCCUCUUAGCUUUGUAGGAGAAUGGGUCGCAGAAUGGAACGUUAAAAGUCCAACCAAAGAGGAUUACCAAAGAUACGCCCAGGCCCAAUUACAAGUCUUUGGUAAUGCUAGUUUUGGGUGGGCCUAUUGGACCCUCAAGAAUGUGAAUAAUCAUUGGAGUUUGGAAUGGAUGAUCAAGAACGGAUACAUCAAGCUUUAAUGAUUUGGCUUUAUCAAGUGUAAUUCCCCCAUUUAGAUGAAUAAAUAUAUAAUGAAGAUUUUUUUUGCGAUGGAUUGAUAUGAAAAUGAUGUUUUAUUUCUUAUUAAUCAAUAAAAUCUAGUUUA